UUGUAUGCCCGUGUUUAUGUGUGUUGGUCAGGUGUAUGCAGAGCUGUGUGUGGUGGAGAAUAGGCAGGGGAUGACUGCUACCCCCCUCACUCCUUCACUGAGCCCUCAGGAUGAGAGCGAAUGUGAGGCACCAGGACUGCAUGCGGACUGCACGGCUCCACUCUCUGCACUGAUUUGGACAUGAAUUUGCAACCGCGCAAAAGAAACCAUGCAGACCUGAGCCAUUCUGGCAGCUUAUUUAUGUUUGGUUAAUUUUUUACAAGUUACAAGUGAUCUGAAGCCUGCUAUGGAGGACCUACUGAGUCAAAAUGAGUCUGAGCACUGACAAUGUCGCAAACUUGUAAAAUGGUUCCUCGGAACUCGAUGGACUGGAUGUGUCAUUCCAGGUCAACUCCACAAACAGCUCCGGGGGAAACCACACGGAGCCCAGUGAAGUGGACCUCACCAGAGCCAUCCCGCUCGGCUUGGUGCUGGGAGCCUUCAUCGUCUUCGCUAUCGCAGGCAACAUCCUCGUCAUCCUGUCGGUGGUGUGCAACAGGCACCUGCGGACGCCGACCAACUACUUCAUCAUCAACCUGGCCAUCGCCGACCUGCUGCUGGGCACCACGGUGCUCCCGGUGUCCGCCACUCUGGAGAUUCUAGACUACUGGGUGUUCGGCAGGAUCUUCUGUGAUAUCUGGGCGGCCGUGGAUGUCCUGUGCUGCACCGCGUCUAUCAUGAGCCUGUGCGUAAUAUCCAUCGACCGCUACAUCGGAGUGAGCCAUCCGCUUCAGUACCCGGGCAUCGUGACCGAGAAGCGCGCUCUGCUGGCCAUGCUGGGGGUGUGGGUGCUGUCGGUGGUCAUCUCCAUCGGACCCCUGUUCGGGUGGAAGCAGCCGCCGUCGCCGGACGACACGGUGUGUCCCAUCACGGAGGCGUUUUACGCGCUCUUCUCCUCCCUGGGUUCCUUCUACAUUCCCCUGGUCGUCAUUCUGGCCAUGUACUGCCGGGUGUACAUAGUAGCCAAACGGACCACUAAGAACUUGGAAGCCGGUGUGAUGAGGGAGAGGAUGAACUCCGGGGAGCUGACCCUGAGGAUCCACAAGGGCUCUCAGGUGCAGGAGGAGUCCGCCAACUCCGGCACAGGGAAAGGCCGGGCGCACCAAGCCAGAAGUUCCCUCACAGUGAAACUUCUCAAGUUCUCCAGGGAGAAGAAAGCGGCUAAAACUUUGGGAGUUGUGGUCGGCAUGUUUACGCUUUGUUGGCUGCCCUUCUUUCUCGCCUUACCAAUAGGGUCCUUUAAUGUGAACCUGCGUCCACCUGAUGUCCUCUUUAAGGUCAUCUUCUGGCUGGGAUAUUUCAAUAGCUGUCUGAACCCAAUCAUCUACCCCUGCUACAACCGUGAGUUCAAGCUGGCUUUCAUCCGCAUCCUUCGCUGCCAGUGUCACCAGCGCAAACGUCCCGGAUGGAAGGCAUACAAUUACCGCUCCUCUAACUUCAGCUCCUCUGGAAACUCACGCAAAGGCUCUACUGAUCACAAUUCCAGUUGUUUGAAUGGCAGCCAGCGUACUCUACCGUCCUCAGCCAGUCCGAGCCCCAGCUACCUUACCAAGGGUCUCCCGCCUUGUCCUGAGGGGGAAACAUUAUACAUCUGGGGCGCCACAACCCCGACUCCAUCCACCCCCAACCUACUGCCUGGCAGCCCCACAGACUGCCAGCUGGGAGCUCUGAGAGGGGACGUUAAAGGAGUCAAACCAGCUGAGGAAACCACUGGUAGUGUUUUUUCUUUCUCAUUUGGGAAGUUUCGAGACAAGGCAGGGAUUCAUAAAGACAUCAUGCCUGCAGAUAAAGUGUGACUGCUGAGCUCAACACAGGUUUGCCUCAUUCACUGUACAUGGACACAUGAUCACUCAUCAGUCAGUGCAUAGUCCUUGUCAUUAGUGGUCAGUGUAAGGUGAAGAUAUCCGAAUAAUGACUUUGCUGCUGUGUCCCAGGUAUUUUGUCCUAUUUUACUGUAUCUGUGGUCGACAGAGGGACAGAAAGACAUCCAAAGCACUUUCAAUGUUCUCUCUGGGAUUCGAAAGGCACUAAUGCAUGCAGCUUGAAGAGACAAAAACGUUGAAGGAAAAGGAGCCUGAUGUCAAAAAAUAUGUCCUCAGCUCAACUUCUCCUUCCACACUUUCAGUUAAAUGUAAAAAAUAAAACUGAACAUUACAGAAAAAAUUAUUAAAUGUAAAAUGUGUGAUAAGUAAAUCACCUUUCUUGCAGUCACUUGAUAUCUCCAUGGUAUGUUGUGGAAAUAAAGUAUAACUUGGUUUAUCUGCUGUGCGCACAAGUAAUCAGAUAUCAUCUUGUUUAUAUGUUUGAUGUUUGAGAAGUUCUGAAUAUAAGUAAUAAAGAUGUGAUUGAUACAUGAAUAAAUUUGCUCAAAUUAU